AUGGCGCCAGCCGCGAAGCCGACAAAGAAUCAACUGCGGCGGGCGAAGAAGAAGGCACAGAAACAACAGGUAAUGUCGAAAACCCUCGGUUUAUUCGUCGCAUACACUGACAAGUGGAAGCCUACAACGGAGCCGACACCUGCCUCUCCGGCAGAAACGCCUGCGAAAGUGAAAGCCGAAGUGCCCGUCAAGACAGAGGAGCCGCGCGAUGGCGAAGGAAUCACAGACCCUCUCAUCGUCGAUGAGGAAAAUCCCCUCUUCGAUAUGUACAAGGACAUCCUAGAAAAAUUCGAAGAUGCAGAUAAAGAAGACCCAUCUACGAAAGAACCGGACAAACCUGAAGUUUAUUACGACGACGACGACGAUAUUCCGGACGAGGAGGAGGAGAAUGCUGCGCCCAAAAUGUCCAGAAAGAAGCGGAAAGCGAUGACGCAGUUGUCGGUGGCAGAACUCAAAGCGCUCGUCAAAAAACCAGAGAUGGUCGAGUGGACAGACACAACAGCACCGGAUCCGAAACUGCUCGUUCACCUGAAAUCUUACCGAAACGUGGUUCCAGUACCGACACACUGGUCACUGAAGAGAGAAUAUCUCUCGUCCAAGCGAGGUAUAGAGAAGCCACCAUUUGCACUACCCAAGUUCAUCCUGGAGACCGGAAUUGCGGAAAUGAGAGAUGCGACGCUGGAGAAGCAAGACCAACAGACGUUGAAGCAGAAACAGCGGGAAAGGGUACAAGGCAAGACGGGCAAGCUCGAUAUCGACUACCAGAAACUCUACGAAGCUUUUUUCCGCUUCCAGACGAAACCAGAGUUGACGAGAUAUGGCGAGGUUUACUACGAAGGCAAAGAAUUCGAGACCAACUUGAGGCAUCUGCGGCCGGGUGAAUUGUCCGACGAGUUAAAGGAGGCACUCAAUAUGCCGCCUGGCGCACCUCCUCCGUGGCUUAUCAACCAGCAAAGAUACGGCCCGCCACCAUCCUACCCUGCUCUCAAAGUUCCCGGAGUGAACGCACCACCACCGCCUGGGGCAAGUUGGGGUUUUGCACCCGGUCAGUGGGGGAAGCCACCGGUUGAUGAAGCCACAAACAGACCUCUCUAUGGUGGUGACAUCUUUGGUGUCCUACAGCAACAACAAAAUACCCAGCAAGGAGAACCUGUGGAAAAGGACUUGUGGGGUGAACUACAACCUCCGGAGGAGUCUGAAGAUGAAGAGGAUGAGGAAGAAGAGGAAGAAGAGGAGGACGACGAGGACGGCGGUGCCGGUCUACAGUCGUCGGCUGGCUUGGAAACACCCAGCGGAAUGGCUACCUCUGUGACCACCGAGAUUGGCGGAACCGAGACAGUGUCAGAGUUUGAUCUUAGAAAACGACGAGGCACCGAAACCGAAGAGUCUUCUCAUCCGAGAGCAGCAUACCAGGUCAUUCCUGAGCGACAAACAAAGGUCGAGGGUUUCUUCGGUGGCGAUCGAGCAUAUGAUCUGAAGUCGAGUCAAGCGAAUCUCCCGGUACUAGGUCAGGAGGAGACACGGAAACGAAAGAAGCCGGGUGAUGUGGACGUAUCCAUGAAUCCGGACGCAUUGGCGGCUCAUGAUGGGAUGGACCAGGAAGACCUUCGACGGGCGUACGACCAGCAACGAAAGUCGGAGCAGAAUCCAGAGUGGGAUUUCAAGGAAGACCUGUCUGAAAUGAUAGCGUCGGAAGCGAGGAAGAGACAGAAGAGGGAUGAAGAAAGAAGACACAAGCGGUGA